UAAUGGCGGCWAGAUUCAAACAUGAUCUUGGAAGAAAACCAUGAAAAAUGGAUUUUGACGAAGCUGUAUUAUGCAGUGACGACAGUCUUUACAUCAGAUAUACAGAUGGAUCUGUUCUACAGUUGUCUCCUUGUUCGUCUGCAUUUCGCUUUUAUCAGAAUUUUUCAUUUAAACCGCCACAUAUCCAACAGUUCAGUAGAUUUGCUGUCAGUACGUACAGGAAACAAGUUAUAACUGCCAUAUCAUUGAGGAAUCAGUUUGCCUGUUAUCCAUAUCUAUGUAAAGAAUUGCUKAACAAAGAUGAUAUUAUCGUAUGUUACAAUGAGRUCAAACAAUGUACCUGGCCAACAACACCUCUGCCAGACUUUGUAGUCAGUAAUAGUGAUGGUAGUAUCAUGGUUAAAUCACUGGAUGGUUAUGCAAGUCUUGUUCUUAGUUCUCAUAAAAAGACAUUUACAGUAUAUUACCUAGCUGAAGUUAAUCCUGAUUCUACACACCCACAGUCAGCCCAGAAGAAAGAACAACAUUUCUACACAUGGGUACAGAAAGGAGAACAAUCUGUCAAUGACURUCAAGAGUGCUGGUUGUAUCCAUUGAGGAUUGCACUCUCAGUUGGUGAUGGGCUCCAGACCAAAUCAGAAGAGUUGGCAGAGAUGACUAACAUAACUGACUUGCCUGCUUCUCUACCCAUCAUAUGCCCUGCAUUACAUGCCCACAAGUGGAUCCCAAAAGAGGUUUUUAGUGGAAAAGAAAAAGAAGAACUUUUUUGGCAGCCCAACUUGAAAGCUGUUUGGAAGAAUAAGGCAUUAUACAGGGUGUACAAGAGURGAAAGGAGAUGCUGAAAAUUGAAAUCCACCCAGGUGAUGAUUCAGUUAUUUUCUCCAGCAACUUCACCGGAAGAUUUUUCACUCAUAGCACUGGGCUUUCAGAGGAUAAAAUGUAUUCCAUAGACCAACAACCCCCUGACAAGCCGGGGAUGAAUUACUCCAUUGCUAAACUGAUAAGACAAGGAGCAAGGCURUUUGAAUUCAUGCUACAAGUGAGUUUCCAUAGCAACAGUCUCCAUAGCAAAAGUCAAAGUAUGCAAUGUUGCUGGGAAUCGAAGGUUAUGGAUGUACCAGAAAAUGUACCCUCAGAGACAACUCCACUUCAGAUUUCAGAAACCGCUAAUAUCCCUCACGUAGGGAGAUUCGUUGCAUACUCUAAUGGGCACCUGCAUGUAGCCUUUGCAGACAGGACUAUACUCAAUGUGAGGUAUCCAAAGAUUGAUCCGCAGACACAAAAAGAGGUUCUAGAGAGAGGUUUGAUUUUCAAURUGAUCUUGCCUAAUGGAGAAGCUAUGCAAGUCAAUGGUCAAAGAAUGUAUGGCCUUGAAAGGUAUAUCAAACUAGCUUGUGAGUGGGGAGACUGGGUUAAUUCAUCUCCUCAACAAAGACAGGCAUUCUACAAGGAUACACYUUACAAUCAGGAUCAAAAAAGGAUWGUGGAUUCAGAAAUCUGUAAAUUAAGAAGAUUUAACUAUAUCUUAAACAAUGGACCMCUAAAGCAAAUCCUGAUGAACCCAAAUAUCAAUCAUUCAGAAGGCAGUCAUAAGGUGGCUCAGGAUAAGCAAGGAAGGGAAGGAAUAUUGUGUGCGACAAUUACUCAUGAUAUGCCCUCUGUGAAUAAUGCAUUAAGGAAGACGACAGAAGCAAUCAAAGACAUUGAAACUUUCCUUCAUUCAAAYGCAGUCAAAAAGACUAUUUAAUGCAAAUUGUUGUAGUGUACAAACAAGAAACUUAAUAGGAUGGCAGACAUUGGUAAGGGGAGACAAUGUUAUACAUCUAAAUAUGCUUAAAUUAUAAUGGGUUUUUCAUGAGGAAAUUUAGUGGGGGUAUUUAGUGGGCAUCUUCACAUACACUUACAGUACUUGUAGAAUGUCCAAAAUUACACUGCCUGAGAAGGUCUUUUUCUGCCCUCCAAAAUGGCCAGGCUGUUGUUCAGCCSUUUGGAUGGAAAGGGGGGAAAAUUCUCACAGGGUGGCUAUACAUGUAAUACAAAUAGAAGGUUGGACCUCAGAUUUUGCUACAUUGGGUAACAUACAUUAUUUCCGAUACACAGUGUUUUGAACAUGCUGUGGUAGUUUAACUAACUSUUUCAAAAAAUCACCUGGUCAUUACGUAUAUAGUUCUUAUUGGUUCUCUCCGAAAAUCAGGAAAACACCUAAAUUAUUAACAUCAGGGUUUAUGAAGAUGGUUACAUGUGCUGGGUGAAUCCAAGAAAAUCAUAGAGGAAGAGGGAAAUGCAUAUAAUGAUAAAACCUGGAAUUGGGUGAUCAGCUUCUUUGGAAAWAAAUCCCUCUAUAGAGGGGUCAAGGCUGCCUCCCCACUCUCCCCUCUAGUAGAUUCACCCUGGAUGCACCUUUUAUACUAUAUUUCUACAUGUGGGUCAAAAUUGUUGUCGCUACCAUCUUGGAUGUGUCCUACAGGCAGGUUACUACAACCAGCACCAAAUAAUUCCUUUAUUGGUACUUCUUGUUUGAGUGUCGAUCUGAAUGGUUUUCUUUCAUGUCCAUGAAGGAGUGGAGUAGCAGCAGACUUGGGAUCAAAACCCACAAACCAUUGAAGAACCACAGGUAGAUAAAGUGAUGUACAGGGUCACUGGUGUUCAGGUGCUUGGAACCAGUCAACCAUUCUGGACAAAAUGUCAUCCAUCCUACAUAGCAAUAUGACAACAGUUAGAUUAAUAAGAGAUGGACAAGUAGAUAAUUUAUUGAUGGGGAAGGGAGGUUGCAGAAAUUUAUGCUGCAUUUUAUUAUUUUUGUUUAUAUUUGAUAUUUCUUUUCUGAAUUAAUAAUUAAAUUAAUAUUUCUUUGUA